UGUUUCUAUGAUCUCGAAAUAUCGCCAUUUCAUUGGCUGAAUGGAUUCUUAAAACCACACUUGAGACAAAUCAGACUUAAGACAAUCUUGAAUACAUAAAUCGCGUUAUAAAUAUCCGUCCUAUAGCUCUGAGCAAGUCUAUAGUACUUUCUUCAUUUCGUCCUUAAUUCUGACGUUUAAAUAGUACGCUAUUAAUUUUUACGUUACACACUAUUCGCGACAUUAUCAUGUAUCGAGCGUUUGAUCGAGUGCAUUCACCCGGAAAACUACCCCUGUAACACGCAUGUCACGCGUUUAUCAAAAGGGCGGUCGUCAUGUCGACCGAGCUUGCCUCCGUCAUAGUACAUCUCUUGCAGUUUGUACUUUUCACCUCUUCUUUCUUUCGCUCUAAUGUCUAAUUCUAUACAUCUGUUUCUUUCUAAGUGUAGAAUGAAAGCAUGACGCAUGCAGGGAAUGCACAAGGAUGCACGCAUCGCAAUGCAUCGCGCCAUCAAGCUCUUCGCGCGCAAGCGCGACAUGCCGGGCAAUGUCAAACAGGCCGACUCUUUUCCUUCUCUCUUUCUCCCAUCGUGCGUUAGAUAAUCACUCUCGUCGAGGGAAACGCAUCUCGAGUAUGACGCCGGCCGCGGAGAAUGCACCGUGCGAUCGCGCUUGUUGACGAACUUCGCCACGUCUGUCCUCUUUUUGUGAGUCCUCCGCCGUAUGUGCGUCGCAAUUUUCGUAAGCUUGACGCAUAUUCGACGGAAUGCCAGUAAACGCAUCCGCGGCUUCGCCGGCCUGCUACUCCAUAACAAGAUACUCCUCCACAAACCGCGACUCCGUGCGCUGAGUCGCGUUCCAUUGGCGUACACCAAGCAAACAUCGAUUCGAAUGCUCAGUUAAGACGCUCAUACAUCAGUUGUCAAAGGGAAAGCGAUACCUCCAACGACGGCAGAAGUGUAGCUAUAAUAAUGUUAUCGCGCCAUCACAAUUCUUAAAAUUGUUGAAUUCUCGGUAAAUUAGAUAGACGACAUAAGAAGAACGGAGUGCAGAGAUGGUACGCGUGAUAACGGUGCACAAUUUCCUGGGGCAGAAUGUUGUCCAGAUCGAGGAGUCCACGGCGACGUGCACGGCCAUCAGCCAGGGACAGGAGAUGCUUCUGCUGGCGUUGCCCACACACUGCGUCGAAGUAUGGGAGCUGAUGAAUUCGGACGUCAAGCUGCGCACUGUUUUCCCCACGGUGGACAUGAUCAAUCAAAUGGUACACUGCACCAAGGGAAACUACGUCGUGACGCUGGAAUCAAAAUAUCUCAGAGACACCGCGAGCAAUAAUCAUGCAAAUAGAGUCACUUCUAAUUUUGUAAGGAUUUAUGUAAAUUGGGCUACAGCAAAGGAUCAGAGUCAACCGAUGCGAGCCAGGAUCGCCGGACGGGUCACACCGAGUUUAAAUCGACCUUUGAACAGUUUAGAGAUGAUAGAGUUACCCCUGAGCGUGCAACCUACAAUGAUCGCUUGCUGCCAGUGCACUGGAAACUUAUUGGUAGCCUCGGGAAACAGUGCCAUUCUGCACGAAUUCAAGGUUGAAACGCAGCAAGUAUCAAAGAUAAAGUUUAUAGAUUUUGAGCCUAGACCGUGGUCAUUAGGAUUCACAUUUACACCUACGCGUAUAGAGAUCAUAGAGGAUUUUAUAGCAAUCAUGGAUAAUACGAAUUUAUCCGUUUUUCGUCUCACAAACUCAAUGUACGAGGAUAUUGACCAACUUAGUUCUUUAACUUCCACUUCUUCUUCCGUCGACAAGACGUCCAUAUCCACAGAUUCAUCUCUCGUCGAGAAUAGCCUUGGAAAUGACGAUACGUCGCUGCAGGGAAUAAAUGUAAAGCACAAAUCUAUAGAUCAAGAUUGUCAAAACGCGACAUCUGAAAACAGCGAAACAGUGAUAAUGGGUGUAAAAUCUAAGGAUAAAAAGCACAAGAGCACAAAAGGAAAUACGUGGUAUAAGCCAGAAGGAGGCGAUUGCAACAGAGAAAUGGCAAGUAAUAAUAAGAAUUACAUAGACUGGGAACAUCUAAUAUGCAACGAAAAAGAAGAGAUGCAAAGGCUAAUUACACAAGGAAUUAUUGAUCCCGCUUCGCAAUCGUUGACGGUAAAUCUGCCAUUGAUAAGCUUAGAAAGGGCCGGUCCAGGUCACGCUGUCAGUCCUUUUAUACUAAAUUCAGCAGACACAAGAAUUUUCAUCAAGACAACUUCACCAGACAUAGGCUGGUCUGAAAAUUACAUGAUAAAAAAUUUAAUAUGUUUAAAAAUCAACGCUGGAAAUAAUAAUGCCAAGGUGGAUGGAAUUCUAGAGAGUUUCAGAGACCUGGUGUUAAAACCUUUAUACAUGAAGAAGGAAUGUAACACUACUAGUGUGAAAAAAUCUAUGUUGCGAUCUGAUAAAUACAGAUACUUGCAAGGUGUAAGUUGCUUCAUUUGUACUACGCAAGAGGGAUACCUGUAUCACUUCUCGACAGCGAGCAGCAGUUCUCUCGAUGCUACGUGUUUAACCACUUAUCCAUUUACCGCACCUGUUCAUCAUGUAGCGCUGGAGCACACGGUACUUCACGCAUUGACUGAAGCUGGUCUUGAGUCUUACACAUUACGUCUUUCUCACCAUAUUGCAAAAUUGUCGAACAGCACCGAUGGCAUUAGAGUAAUUUGUCCUAGUGUCAUCGAACCGGUAAGCCUAAUCGGUUUAAGGCCAUUCCUGGGAAUACAGAAAUUGUUGCAUACGAGGAGCUAUAUAAUUCUACUGGCUAAGGCCGACAGUUCUUGGACCAUGUACUCUUUGAAUCUACCUAAAUUUGAGAAUGUGUAUUUUGAUAUAUUAAAUGCAGCGAGGAGUCACAAAUCUUCCAGUCCGAGUACUUAUCGACACUUACUGGGAGAAGCACAUGCUUUGAUACGCUUAGCGAAGGAUGUUUCCUACAAUAAUGCAGAUAACGAGAAAUUUGACGAUGCAACGCACAAGAAUGAUCUCAAGUUGAAAAAUCUCUACAAUCAAUCAUGCGCGUUGCUCGCGGAUUACUAUAUACGAUCGGAGAUUGAAUCGGAUUGGGAUUUGUGUAUUCCUUACUACAAGAUGUCUGGGCUGAAACCUUCGGAAGUAUUAUCUAGGAAAUGUAGUCAGGACGCACCGGGACUUCUGACGUUCCUGACGGAUGCGCUUCUCACGAUGAAAAGCGGAUCCGAAGCGGACGCGCUUUUCCAAGGAUUUAAUAUCAUAGAGAUCAUCUGUAAGCUGGAGAAGGAGGAUCUAUUAAAAUUGAUCUUCGGCAGUCCUGUGUUGAGGGAAUAUGCCACUGAGAAACUGAUAAAUCUUCUGCUGACGCACGAAAGCGAUGAUACUGUCAAACUCGCCUUGGCGCUUUUAUACAUUCAGGCUGACAAACAGGAACAAGCGGAAAAGGCGUUAGAACCAGUUUCUGUGCGAUGUAUCAAGCAGAUUGUCAUGGAGCGCUGGGAACUGCUGUUCGAUAUGACCGCGAUGAAAAAGAGGAGUCCCAUGAUUGCUACUUUCUCAGACUUCGCUGGUAUCUUGAUGCUCGUAAAGAAUACCACCUUCGCUGAUAUCCUGAUACAAAUAAUAGAAGACGAAGGUGCAUUGUCACUGCAUCAAAUCAUACAGGUGUUCCUAGAGUACUUGCCGUCGCGAGUUGGAAGAGACGGGCAUAACGCAGCCGCGACCUUGCAAGUUUUCCUUGAGAAAUAUCUACAUAAUUAUUUCACUUCGAAAUUCGUCAUGGAGUGGCCGCCAACUGUGAAUAAAAAUCAGAUACGUUCGGACUUCGCUCUCGUUGAGGCGUUUAAACUAUUAGUGCGAUCGUACUUAGGCAAAUUAACUCAGACGAGAGUGUAUAAAAUCGAUCUCAAGGAGGAUCAGGGAGAAAAUGACAAGGAAUAUUUCAUGUUCGCCAAGUAUCGGCCGAGUUAUUUGAACAAAAUGCCACCAUAUGCCAAAGAUUACCAAAGAAUUUUAAGUAUGAAUGAUUUUAAGGAUUUAGGGAAUUUUAAUAACGCAUCCGAAACCGAGAAGAUUAUACCUAAGGAAUUAUUCAAGCUGCAAUCCGUACUGUCGUGCGAAUUUUUACCGGUCGAAUGUCUACAUGAGGUCAAACAAUUUCUUGAAACACAAAAUAUCGAUGGAAAUUUAUCUCUUAAGACAUUAUGCAUUCAGAAUACAGAAGAAGUGACGACAAUUCUAAUGGAUACUUGUCCACAAGCUGUAGUACAGUAUGCAAAGGAUAAAUAUACAAAGGAUACCGAGUGGAAGAAUCUUAUUGAAUUAACGCAGGACAAAAUUGCUACUUCAACGACGCAUCAGGAGUUACAACUUUUGUAUACACAAAUCAUGAAAGAGAUCCUGAAUCAUUUGCCGCAUGCAUUACCUAUGAAAAGUCUACAUCGCAUCUUACCAAGAGAUGACAUGGCAGCAUUUCAAAGAUGUACCGAAAUGUGUAAUCAAAUUAUGCAUGCGGAUCACGUGAAAUCAUUAAUAAUGGAAACCGGACAACAACUUUUGACAACUCUAAAGUUGUGAACAUAGGGUUUCCAUUAAAUAUCAUUUGUUAGCUAAUUUCUAGACAAGAAAGUGAUAAUACCAAGGAAUUACGAAUAUAAAUUCCGAUAUCACGUUUUAACAAUGAUAUUGAAAAAGACUACUUUGUGUGCACUUAUACUCGCAGAUUAACCAUUUCUACCAACAUAUGUUCCUCAUUAUACAGUCACAUAAGCUGAUGUUAAUUAAUAAUUGUGCUGAUGCACGCAUUUUUAACGAUAGAUAACUUUCAUCAAUUAUUAAAAAAAAUUCGAAAGGAGAUAUUAUAUAAAUAGAAUUCGUCUAUAAUUAACUGUUGAAUCGUUCUAUAUAGAUAUAUUAUAUUAUGACUAAAAAUGUAAAAUCUGUCCCAGAGCAAAAAUGAUGUAAUAACUUAAACACAAGAAAGUUGAUAAAAUAACGUAUACAAAAAUUAGAAAUAUAGAACAGUAUAUCUAUACGAGAAAAUGUUUAUAAUUAUUUAUUGAUUGCCUUUAAAAAUAAUAAAACAUAAAAAUGCUUGAAUAUUCUAUACAAAUUGUAUCAAGAAUUUUUUCAGAUAAUUGUCUAUCGAAUUUGUUCUGCUCUGGAACAGAAGGUAUGUCUUUAGUGAAAUGAAUUUUACUAAAUAGUUUUUAUCAAAUCUGUUGAUCCUAAUAAGUAGCUUUACGUAACCGUUUUUUGAGUGUUACAAACAUGUAACUUUGAUGUGCCUUUAGCAAUGAUUUCUCUUUAUUGUAAAUCUAAUUAUGUUAGAAUGAUUAAUAAUAUUUAUAAUUCAUCAUAAAAAAUAAAUACAUAAUAACCUAA